CGUGUAUAAGCUGUCGCGCCAACGCACGCUUUCACAUGAUUCAGCCCUCAUGCUUUUCUUUGCGUAGCUUGGUGAUUGCCCCAGUCAGUUAGAUCAGCUUAGUCAGCGCCGCGGUACGCGCUUGCGGCCUCUCCUCCGCGCGCCGUCACCAGUUGCUUGCUACCUACUCAAUCAACAUUGCUCCACACCACCACCAUGGACGAAGUGGAAGAGCUUGUCGGCGAGUUCCUCGCCGACGCGAACGACGCGUUCAAUGUCAACCUUGUGCGCGCUGGCAAGCCCGUUUUCGAGGAACCAUUUCACCCAAUUUUUACCUACCCCAUCUUUGGAGAGGAAGAGCGCGUCUUCGGCUACACCGACCUCGAGAUCAACCUGCAAUUCCGCGCCCAUGACCUGCUGCCGUCUUUGGGCAUUACUUAUGAGAAGAAAUUCCGACCCAUCGGAGAUACCAAGGCCAUGGAUAUUAAGGACAUGAUAAAAGACUACCUGCCCGAGAAUAUGCUAGCUAAAGACGAAGCAAUGGCCGGAGAGAACUCUGAGGAUGGUAGCGCAAGUAGCAACUGGACGCCUCCCGGGAAGCGCAUCCACCAAUACAAACAGCACGGCAAGCAAUUCGAGAUCUGGCUUACUGGACUGACGGACCCGGUUGCAAAGGAGAUCUUGCGGCGCAUGCAGAUCUUCAUACCAUUUUAUAUCGAGGGCGGCACCUGUCAAGACCUGGAAGAAGAGCUCUGGACUAUGGCGAGGUGGAAGCUCUUCUUGUUAUAUGAAGUGGCCCCUGCAAAAGACGGCACCGCUCCCCCGUACAUCUUUGCGGGCUUCUCUACUUCCUACCGUCUCUGGGUGUUUCCAACGCACGAGGUUCUUGCUCGCGUCAACAAUUGCUCUACGGCAGAAAUCGAGCCUCCCGAGCCGCUCCCGAGGGACCCUGACACGUUACGCUACAGUGGCGACUACAGUCCCAUGGAUGCGCCCUCUCGAGAACGCAUAUCGCAGUUUCUUAUCAUUCCGCCUUAUCAAGGCCAGGCCCAUGGCACUCAUCUCUACAACAAGAUGAUGGACAUAUUUCUCUCCGACAAGUAUGUCGUCGAAGUCACUGUUGAAGACCCCAGCGAAGCCUUCGACGACCUCCGCGAUUGGUGCGAUCUUGCGCGUUUGCGUAGCAAUCCUGAAUUUGCGGAUCUGAACGUGGCUGAUAAGGUCCCCGAGGAUGCGCUGAGACCGAAUGCGGAGGUUCCCUCAGACAAAUUGUUGCCGCAAAAUACCAUUGAAAAGAUCUACAAAGCUUCCAGGAUAGUGCCGCGGCAGUUUGCGCGCCUCGUAGAAAUGCACACGCUCAGUAAGAUUCCUGCACGGCACCGGUCACCAGCGCGCAUUUCACGCAAGCACAAGGCAGCGGAUCCGAACGACCGGAGGUACUACUUCUGGCGACACUUGGCCAAGAAGCGGCUGUACAUCCACAAUAGGGAUCAAUUGAUACAAAUCGAAGAAAGCGAGCGGGUGGAGAAGGUGGAGCAAGCGCUGGGCGGAGUUGAGACGGAUUACAUCAGACUGCUGGAGGGGGCGGAGCGGAGAGCGGCGAAUGGGGAGGGAGCCAGUGGAGGUAGCGGCAAGAAGCCCGCCAAGAGGAAGAAGGCAGUCAUUGAGGAUGAAGACGAAGAUGAGGAUGAGGAACCGGAGAAGGCGAAGAAAGCAAAGUCUACGAAGUAGUGCAUGAAGGGGUAAUUGGGAUACGACGUUUAUCGCUGCGGGCGGGCGGGCAGGUCAAUUCGGCAUGGCGUUUGGUGCAAUGGGGCUGUUUGACUGAAGAGAAGAGGCGCUUGGUUGCAGCGGGAUAUUGAUUGCUAGAGAGCUAGGCAGUAGCUGGUACAUGCAAUAGACACCUACGGGAAGGCGCCGGAUAAUUUGCCCGCCUCUUCUGGAU